GUUUGGAUUGGAAUUGCGUUUUUGUGUAAAAUUGCGUUUAGCAAUUAAUUGUUGCUAUAAUAAGCUAAUGGCGAACAGUAUGGAGUCACGUGUCGUGGACCUGGACUUGGCCUGUCUGAUCUGCCUGAACGAGGAGCCCGGCCACAGCUCCAUUUAUAGCCAUGACUUGGAGCCUCCGCACACCCUGAUUGCGGACAAGAUCCGGUGUUGCACCACCCUGCAACUGGAGAGUUUACAAAUACAGCGAUGGCCGGACAAAAUCUGUGAGCAGUGCCACAGUGAACUGGGCGUCGCCUAUCGCUUCUAUGAGAAGUGCGUGCUGAUCGAGAAGCUAUUCCUGACUGCGACAAGCAGCGCGCUUCUCGUCGACGUCGACGAAUUGGCCAAGAACCAGCAGCUGAAACUGGAUUUAGAACAGCACCACGUCAAGCUGCCAUCCAGCUUGAAAAUCAAACGCAUCGAAGUGGAUGCAGACAUUCCUCUGGCAAGUCGAACGGUGGUGGGUUCAGUGUCAGCAGCGUCCAGGGCAAGUACUACACCAACCACAGUGUCUGGGUCAACAUUGACCACAGCAGCGACAGGUGCAGGUGGAGCUGCAGCUGCCACAACAGCUGCUGAAAAUCUUCCUGUCACUAAGGUUGAGUACUUUGAGGAAGACGAGGACGAGGACACAGACUCACUUGGCCUGAUGCCGGAUGCCUCCGAUUCACUGGUCAUGUCGCUGGACACCCUCAUAGAGACGGUGCCCAUAAAGGAACAGCCAGCCGAGGAAAUGUCGUCUGAUGAGGAAGACAAGAAGAUGGUAGUCCCCCAACCCUGGGACGACGACCCCCCGACCCCAGAGCAUGCCUAUGAGAUCGAAACGCCACUAGCUAAGGAGAGUGAGGGGGAGCCACAGGAGGAGUUGCCACCACCGCCUCCGCCCCCACCGAUGCGGACGGCGAAUGCACGCGCCCUCAACACGAUCCAACGAUGCAAUAUAAGCAAACGGACUUACAAACGCGUCACACCCAUCUUUAAGAGGGAGAUCGACGACGACGGCUACGUGCUUUUCGAUAGCCAACAGAUAGCCAUUCCGGAGACGCGUCGUCACGCAGAGCGUGCGCGCAAGAUCUGCCAUGUGUGCGGGAACACCUACAAGUAUCAGCAUGCCCUCAAUGCGCACAUGCGUCGCCAUAACAACGAGCGUCCCUAUCCGUGCGAGGUCUGCCAGAAGGCUUUCAUAUCGAACGUGGAGCUGCGCCGACAUAUGCGUGUCCAUACCGGGCAAAAGCCCUAUGGGUGUCGCUACUGCGACCGCCGAUUCUCCGACUUUGGCAGCAGCAAAAAGCACGAGCGUAUCCACACAGGCGAGCGUCCGUAUGUGUGCGAGGUGUGCCACAAGGGCUUCGCCUACGCCCACGUGCUGUCCGUGCACCGGCGCACCCACACCGGCAAGAAGCAGUUCCAGUGCACGCAGUGCGACAAGGGAUUCACCAAGAAGAGCUACCUGGCCGCCCACAUGGAUCAGCACAACGGCGUCACUGCGGCCGCCCCAGCGGUCAAGCGGCCCGCGGCCACACGCAAGGUGCAAAAGAGACAUGCCGUCCCGGAGACAUUGUCCAUCGGCCAUUUGAUGCUUGGGGAGCCGGCUCCCAAGGUGCUGGAGGAAUGCAUUGUCACCCAUGAUUUCAUGUUCAACGAGGAGGACGAGUGCGACGCCGACGAUCACGAUAUGGAGGCGGCGGAGGAAGAGGACCUGGAGCUGGACGAUCCAGAUCAAGACCCAGAGCACGAUGACUUCGACGAUGUCUAUCACCAGGGUGUGCGCUCCGUCCCCUACGCGCUCGUCGGGAAUCUUCUGGACUCUGAGGAGUUCGCUGACGAUUCCAAAUAUCUUAUUGACUAGUAUUAGUAUACGGCCUCGGCCCCGCCCCGCCCACUCUCGCCCACCCUGCUACCACCCGCACACGCACCCGCACCCGCACCCUAGUCGUUUUGUGGUAGAGAAUGCGAAUGAGAUGGAGAUUGCUCUAUCAGCUGUAUAAACACACACUUUUAUGGCUGAAGCGAAGCAAAAAGAGAAGCUGGCCCUGAAUAUGUGCUACAAGAAGAAUAACAUGUGCCGUGCCACGGCAUCCAAUUCGGUGGCCGCGUCAGCAUUAGCAUCG